ACUGGCGGAGGGCGUGGGGGGUUUAGGCAUAAACCCCUCCCCAUUUCUCUCUAAAGAAGCCACCCAGCCUCAGCGGGGCGCUCGGCGACUUCAGCUCGCAUGCCCGCGCAGUGCAGAGAGGGAGGGGACCCCGACUCGAGUAAGUUUAGAGCGCGACGUAGUCUGUCCCGGGCAGGAGCAAGAUGCGGAGCGCGCUGUGCAGACCCGGUGCUCUCCGAACGCAGCUGCGUCCUGCCUGAGCGAGGCUGCGGUUUCCGAGGCCCUCUCCAGCCAAGGAAAAGCUACACAAAAAGCUUGGACCUCUCUCGCUGAACCACCCCAGAGCAAGUGAAGGCUCUCUCGGCCUCGCCCUCUAGCGUUGGUCUGGAGAAGCGCCAUCCCCGCGUUCCUGGGGACGCCGUGCGCACCAUGGGGUCCACCAGCAUCCCGCUGGUCAAGGCCCUACGCAGCUCUGUCUCCGACUAUGUCAACUAUGACAUCAUCGUCCGGCAUUACAACUACACGGGAAAGCUGAAUAUCAGCGUGGACAAGGAGAACGGCAUUAGACUGACCUCAGUGGUGUUCAUUCUGAUCUGCUGCUUUAUCAUCCUAGAGAACAUCUUUGUCUUGCUGACCAUUUGGAAAACCAAGAAGUUCCACCGACCCAUGUACUAUUUUAUUGGCAACUUGGCCCUCUCAGACCUGUUGGCAGGAGUCGCCUACACAGCCAACCUGCUCCUGUCUGGGGCCACCACCUACAAGCUCACCCCUGCCCAGUGGUUUCUGCGGGAAGGCAGUAUGUUUGUGGCUCUGUCUGCCUCCGUGUUCAGCCUCCUAGCCAUCGCCAUUGAGCGCUAUAUCACCAUGCUGAAGAUGAAACUCCAUAACGGGAGCAACAGCUUCCGCUCCUUCCUGCUGAUCAGUGCCUGUUGGGUCAUCUCCCUCAUCCUGGGUGGCCUGCCCAUCAUGGGCUGGAACUGCAUCAGCUCACUGUCUAGCUGCUCCACGGUGCUGCCGCUCUACCACAAGCACUAUAUCCUCUUCUGCACCACCGUCUUCACUCUGCUCCUGCUCUCCAUCGUCAUUCUGUACUGCAGGAUCUACUCUUUGGUCAGGACUCGGAGCCGCCGUCUGACCUUCCGCAAGAACAUUUCUAAGGCCAGCCGCAGCUCGGAGAAGUCGCUGGCGCUGCUCAAGACCGUGAUUAUCGUCCUGAGCGUCUUCAUCGCCUGCUGGGCGCCUCUCUUCAUCCUGCUCCUGCUGGACGUGGGCUGCAAGGUGAAGACCUGCGACAUCCUCUUCAGAGCGGAAUACUUCCUGGUGUUGGCUGUGCUCAACUCUGGCACCAACCCCAUCAUUUACACUCUGACCAACAAGGAGAUGCGCCGGGCCUUCAUUCGAAUCAUGUCUUGCUGCAAGUGUCCCAGCGGAGACUCCACCGGCAAAUUCAAGAGACCCAUCAUCGCAGGCGUGGAAUUCAGCCGCAGUAAGUCGGACAACUCCUCCCACCCCCAGAAGGACGAUGGAGACAACCCAGAAACCAUUAUGUCCUCUGGAAACGUCAACUCUUCUUCCUAAAACUGAAAGCUGCCCACCCAUGGGGAGUGUUCCUGCAUGGUCGCCCACCACCCUAGUGUUUGGAAAAAAAAAUCUCUGUGCCUCGACUGCUCCCAGGGAGGAGCUGCUGCGAGCCGGAGGGAGGGAGGAGGAGAGUAAGAACAGCCUGGCGGUGCUGGGUGUUGGUGGGUAGAGUUAGUUCCUGUGAACAAUGCACUGGGAAGGGUGGAGAUCAGGUCCUCGCCUGGAAUCUAUUUCCUCCCCCGUGGAGCUUUGAUUUUGCACUGAGCCAAAGGUCUAGCAUUGUCAAGCUCCUGAAGGGUUCAUUUGGCCCCUCCUCAAAGACUAGUGUCCCCGUGUGAAAGCGUCUCUCUCAGGAGCUUUGAGGAGAAGAUGUUUUCUUUGAGUUUAGUUUCCAACCCAAGCGAGUGUGUGCACUUCUGCUUCUCUAGGUAUGCUCUACAGAUCCCACCCUCCCUUCCCCGUCACUCCCCUCCUCAAAAUUCUUUUACUUUAUAUUUUAACUACCUGGCAUUCAUCAGAGCUGGGGUUGUGGCAUGGUCCAUUUCUUGAUCAACUGUAGCAGAUAGGCUGGGUCCAGGAGGUAGCCUGUGAGGAGAUGGAGACGGUUUGGAGUAAAGCAAUUUCAUUUGCUGAGGCCAAAGUUUCCGAGUCGGCUGGAUCAGUGUUUUGGAAUUUGGUUGUAGUCACUUUGAUUUUAUCCAUUGUGGCUGAAAUCUGCAUAAGGAUUUAUCUACAUGGUAUCGGCCAGGAUCCUUGGUGUCAUAGGAGAAACAAACAAGCAAAACAAGGUGAAAACUGACUGGGGGGGUGAAUUUGUAAAACAAAGAGAGAUUUCUUAACGAAUUUGUCUAACAAAUACAGCAUCUGUUUUUGGCACUUUUUUUGAUGUUUAUGUUGGAGUGUUGUGUGAAUCAUUUCAACCAACAGUAUGGUUAUAUUUUGUGUUAAAAGUACUUUUCCUGAUUUUUGAAUGUAUUUGUUUCACCAUUUUAUUGGAUUUUUCUAACCUGUGUUAACACCAUUGAAUGUGUAUUUCUUAAGAAAAUACCACCCUCUUAUGCCCUUAAAGCAUUACUUUAACUGAUAGGGAACAUCAGAAGAUUUCAGUACAGCUGUUCAUCAAAUAGUUAAUUGAAGAUGUGUAUAAAUGUUACAAAGAAUAAAAAUAUAUUGCUGUCUCUUUAGUAUGGUUUUCAGUGCAAUUAAACCGAGAAAUGUCCUUUUUUUUAAAAAAAUAGUAUUUAAUAGGUUUCUGACUUUUGUGGAUCAUUUUGCACAUAGCUUUAUCAACUUUUAAACAUUAAUAAACUGAUUUUUUUU